AUGUUGCUGCCUACUGAUAUUUCUCCACCGGAGGAAAUGGAUGAACGACAGUUUUUAAUGAUGUUGCGCACAAGCUCAGAAGAUUUUACAAACAGUGCUAUCCUUAUUUUACGAGCACUUCCAUCCGUCAUUCAUAUUCCUGAUAAAAGAUUGACGAAAAUCAGAAAAGAACUUCAAUACUGGGCUCCUCAAGUCCAAGACGUCUAUCGUGAAUAUUCGCAAUUGAAAAAUUAUAGAAUUGAAAAGAAAGUUCUUACAAUCUCUUAA